UCUCAUUGUGAGGACGGUGAAAACAGAUUAGCUUGCUACCCUCCCAGGGUUGCAAUGGCAUCAGUAAUCCCGCUGCCUCGGCUUGUCUUGUUUAAAGUUCACCAAACGUUAUAGCAAACGAAGUGGCUGUAGUGUGUAUUUUUGAUGACGCCUUACUAAUGUGAGACACGUAGGUUACACCAUUUAAAAAAUGUCCCAGGGAUGUACAAUAUCUGUGGAAGAGAUCCAGUCCUGGUGGGAAGUACCCGCCAUAGCCCAUUUCUGCUCGCUGUUUAGGACAGCAUUCAACUUGCCAGACUUUGAAAUUGAGGAGUUGGAGCAGGCUGUGCUGAAGCAGGAUGCAGACUUCUUGGCAGAUCUUAUUUGUUGUCUUCUGCAGGGAUGUUACCAGCGCAGAGACAUCACGCCUCAAGGCUUCAGGAGUUACCUGGAGGACAUCAUCAGCUACCGGUGGGAGCUGGAGGAGGGUAAACCCAACCCUCUGGGGGAGGGUCCCUUUGAGCAGCUGCCUCCCCGCAUACAGGUGGAGCUGCUGCAUAGACUGUGUGAUUAUCGUUUGGAUGCUGCUGAUGUCUUUGAUCUUCUCAAGGGCCUGGAUGCAGACAGUCUGCGUGUGGAGCCCCUUGGAGAGGAUGGGAGCGGGGCUAUGUACUGGUACUUCUAUGGCACUCGCAUGUAUAAGGAGGAACCAGUCAUCAAAGCAGUAGAAGCACGGGAAACUGUGGUAGUGAAGGAAGAACCUGAGAAAAGGAAGAGGGGAAGGCCACCAAAAAAGAAGAAUCUUGAGGAGAAACUACUGAGUGCGACCGAUGACAUGAUGGUGGGUGAAAGUGAGGCUCUACACGCUUCUUCAGCCCCUGGUUCAGAACGUCAGCGUGGAGCCUGGUCUCUGGUUUGCGACACAGAAGAACAGUGGGUCAAACUUGCUGAAGGCAUCAAACACAGGCAAUCAUCUCAAGAUCGGCAGCUAUACCGCAUCAUCACCCAGAACUUCAUCCCAGAGAUUGGCAGUAUGAUGGAGCAUAAAGAGAAGGAGCAGAAACAGAAGUUCAUGGGCAGCUACCAUAAACACUCUGAGAAAUAUGUUAACAAGGAGGAGACGCUGAAGGCAAGGUCUGAAGUGAAACAGCAGAAAGAGGAGGAGGAGGCCGGCAGGCAGCUGCUGAUGGAUAGGCUGGUGCAAGAGCAACGUCAGCAAGAGGAGCUGGAGAGGGAGAAAGCCGUGGCGGAGCGUGCCCGCCGCAGGAAGCUGCGGGAGGAGAAGGCCUGGCUGCUGUCUCAAGGGAAGCCCCUGCCUCCUGAACUGCUGAACCUGGAGCCACACUCACCCAUCCAUCACAGUCACCACGCCAAAGAGUUCUAUGAAAUGGAUGAUGAUUAUAUGGCACUGUACAAAGUGUUGGAGGUGCUUAAAGCUCAUAAAGAUGCUUGGCCAUUCCUGGAACCUGUUGAUGAGUCCUAUGCUCCAAACUAUAAUGAGGUUAUCCAGAUGCCAAUGGACUUGUCCAAAAUUGAGAGGAAGUUGAAUGAUGGAGUGUAUGUACUCAAGGAUGAGUUUGUGAAAGAUGUGAAGCUCAUGUUUGAGAACUGCCUCGAAUACAAUGGAGAGGAUAGUGAAUAUACGAUCAUGGCUGAGUCUCUGGACCGCUGUUUCAUUCGAGCACUGCAGAAGCACUUGCCUUCUGAGGAUUGUGAUACAGAUGAGGAGUUUCAUGUGAGCAGUGACGACCGAGAUCGGAAGGAGCGCAAGCGAGGCAAGGGCCAGCGGCAGGCGGGCCCCGACAGCCUGAUAAGAGCCACAGAACUGGUCCAGCGACGCAAAGCAUUCCCCAGUGGCAAGAACAGCACAACUGGUAAUGAGAACAAAUUCAAAAUGGAAGCGCUGCCGCCACCAACAAGUGAUGUUCAACCUAAUCUUUACCUUCCAACCAGACAUCAGCUCCAUCAUCCAGCGGAUCCCUCUGGGCCUCGCAUGUUACCUCAGCAGAUGAUGGUCCUGGGGCAAAACCCAUUGAUGCCUAUGGCUCAGGACUCCCGUUCACAGCGCAUGCCACACAAUUAUAACAUGCAGGCUACUUAUGGACAGGGUCACUAUACAGGCCCAAGGUACCCAAUGACUGAGACUCGACCAUUUCCACCGCAGCACCAGAGGCAGCAUGCCUAUAUGGGCCCCAUGCAUGGCCCAUCUUUGGGUCCCAGACCAGUGGCCCUACAGUCUGGAGGCCUGUGUGCCCCCCCAUCAGAGGGCAGCAUGUACCCAUCUCAGCAGCUUCCUGAUGGUGGCCAGAUAUUCUACCGAGGUACCAACAGAUAUCCAGGACCAGAUGUUCCCCCUCAACAUAGUUCCUGUCCACCCGGUCAGCCACCUAACAUGUGGUCAGGGAUGAACAAUCAUGUACAGCACAGACAGAUGGGUCCCAUGAUGGUAGAUCAAAAUAGGAAUCCCAGACACCCAUUUAACCUGGGUGUGGUUCAUCCCUUACCGCCAAAGUCUUGGGCAGAGCAACCAGUGGACUGCACUCCACACAAUGAUCCCAACAAGAUGCCAGCUGUUGUUGGCUCCCUUCCUCAUAUCUCUCAGCGGCCAAUGAUGCCUCAAAACUCUAAGCCUCAUCUGUCUUCAAUGCUUGAGAGUCCAGAGAUGCUGGCCUUGCAGCAGUUGUCUGCUUCUUCCCGAGCUUGUGCUGACCGACCCAUCGGCACAUUUCCGGUGCAUCCUCACGGCAGUGGUCCACUGUAUUCUUCUCAGAAGGCCCCACCAGAGGUCCAGCCUCUCUGUCCUGCCACAGACAGCCACAGUAUCCACAGCAAUCAAAUGGGUUUUACACCAUCAAAAAUGUCAAGCAUCCCAUCCGCCACAAGAUUCCCAUCAGCUAAGCAGGAGUCAGCAACUCUUUCCAAAUCUUUGGAGUGCUCCAGCUUAAGGAGUCCACUGAAAACUGAAUCUGGUGGAUCUUAUGAGAAACCUUGUGGCCCAGGCUCAGUCUCAGAGGAAGGGAGUCGUGCUCCUGAUGGUGAUGUGGGCAAACAGGAGAGAAACCAAUGUGUCCAACAAGCUCAUAAUCAGCAAGUGUCUCAGACUUCUUCCCAACAGACGGUUCUGGAUGAACCUAGUAAAAUUCCCCAAACUCAUCUGCAACAGAACUCCCAGAAUGCAACUCAUCCUAACCCAACCAUACAGAUUUCUUCAAAUGGUCCUCAGAAUGCACCUCCGACUACAUCACAACAGAUAUCACUGAACGUCUCCUCACAGUCACCCCCAAACAUUUCUUCACAUACUCCGCAGAAUUUCUCUCAACACCCCUCCCAGAAAGGACAGCAAGUUUCCCAGGCCCCCCCUCAACAAGUCCUCAAAAGUGCUGUGACGGAAUCCCAGAAAAUGUCUUUGGUUGAGACACAGAAUUCCCCAUUGGAGAGCUUUCAAAAGAGACCUCAUUACCCUCCCCACAGUCCCUCUCAAGUCACCCAGAAUUCUGCACAAAAUGUCCCGAGUGGCGUCCAAGCCCACCUACAGGACAAACAGAGCAAUCUAAGAUCUGAGCAGCCAGGUACUCUAAAGAUGGCUCCGUUCACUUCCACUGGGCCCCAGAUGACACGCACAGAUCAUCACACACACAGUGAGCCCCCAAAGCAGAGAGUCUCGGGUGGUGGGUUGGAAUCCCAAGACAACAAUAACUCGAACAUGAUGAGGUCCGCGCCCCCCAAUGGGCAUCUUAAGCAAAGUGUCAGUGCAGAAUCACACUCAUUACGAGUGGAAGGCCUUCAGGUGGCAGGUGCUACUCAUAGCCAAGUCAUGCCUCCCUCUCACCAUGGCACCAAUGACCCCACAGCCCAUUACAACCACAGCGGCCAGACAAAUCCACUCUACAUGCAGCACAUGGGCAAAUCUUUGCAAUCUCCAAAUGGCCAACAUCUAAGUCAGAACGUACCUCAAAAUAUGAAUAUGCACCCCAUGGCUGCUCGUUACCCCCCGUAUCGGCAUCACGUUCCGUACUCGUAUCACAUGAUGGGUAAGCCUCCCGAGGGACACCCUAAUGUAUUUCCACAGUAUCAGCAACAUCACUACUAUCCCCAGCAGCAAGGCAACAGGAGUGGCUUUCUGACUGAGGAGUGGCACAGGGCCCAGUACACCGGCCCUGGUAAUGCAUACCCCCCUCAAGCCAAUGGAAAUGGCCGUCUCAAAGAGAGCAGCAUUUCUCCUAUGAGCUCAGAUGGCACAGGUGGCAACUUGAUUUCCCCAAACCCUCUUUCCAACAGGUCUCACAGUGGUCCUGUAGAGGCUAAGGAGGCAAUCAGUUCAGUAAAGCCUGCUCAGCUUGAAGAACAUGUUGAUCGAGCCGAGAGCCCAAAAGAGAUUUUGGAUUUGGACAGCCAUAGACUUGCAGGACAGAGCCGUCCCGCUUACCCACAGCACUCGGCCAACCGCACAUACGAUCCUCAGACGGCGCACGGUGGGAUGCAGCACGAUGGGGGGGCCCAUCCACUCCACAUGAUGACCAGAGUCUCGUAUCCCCCGCAGCACUACGCCAGAGGACACUACAGCCCCCAACAACCAAACUCUCAUCUCAUGGAGGCCUUGCAGCGUCCCCAGCAGCUCCCCUUCCCCCCUGGCCACACACACAUGGCGCUGAGACGCCCCCCGCCAGGGCCUCACUACCAUGGGAGGAUGCCCCCACAGAGUGGCCUGCCACCUGAACAUUACUUUCAUCCCAGGUAAAGGAAGAGUCAAGCAAAAUUGAAUACCUUCAAUCAAUUCUUCAGACUAGCUAUAAACACAUCAGUUUCUGUAUUGUGAUUGUGAAACCAUUUUACUAAUCGAAAAUGUGAGUUUUUCUUAUCAUGAAGUGAAUGCAGCUCAGCCUUUUCAUGUGCAGAAGCUGUUGAGUGUUUGGAGGUGCUUUUUGUUCUAGUCACAGAAGGGCUUUUGAGGGGCAGGUGGCAGAGCGGUGCCAUUAAAAGAUCUUUUAAUAUUUCUCAUGUGGUCGAGCCCCUAGCCUUCACUAUUUUAUCACUUUUAACUGGAAAUGGUUGAUCAUUUACCGGCAAAUACUGAAUGCUUAUGGGAAAUUGCAUACAUAUAUUUUAAAAAGUUCCUAUCAGUAGUAAACUCAGGUGUAACAAAUUAAUGAAAAGUGGAAAGGGUAUUCCAAACUUGCAUUGGAUCAUCUUUCUCUGGAACCCUGUGAGUGUGCAGGGCAUGUGGUUGCCUUCUUUUUUUGAAUGUAUUUAUGAAUGACUAGAUGUAAAUUAAUGCCACCAGGGGCUUUUGUGGAAGGAGGGAAAACACAACUUCUGUUUAACAGGAAACUUUGUAUUUUCUGUUUAGUCUUUAGGCUUUCUUGCUAUGCAUUGCUAAUUGCUGCCUUCAUUUCAACUUAGUUUCAUUUUAUAAUUCUACAGAUUCAUGUUCCAUUAAUGGAAAAAGGUUUUACUUCCUGGGGAGUUGAUUCUACUCGGUAGCGUUUAAGUUAAUGGUGAUCCAUAUGUAAAUAAUAAAGCAAUAUAGAAUCUUUCCUGAAAAUGUACGUGAUAUCACACCUUACGCCUAUUGUCGGUUUACUUACCCAGUCAAUGUUUUCAGAUAGACAAAAGGAGUAGACUCUGCAUUGACCUGCAUUUCUUGCCAGGUUAGUUUUAAUAAUGUCAUCACAGUGAUCUGGCUAGUUUAAGUCAUUGUUAAUAGUUUAACAAUCUACUGUUUAUAUAUUCUGGAUUGCUUUUCACUAAAGCCCUUUCAAAUGUGAAUAGUAUGUUUUGGGAAUACUGAUGAAAGAGUUGCAUCUCAUGUGUGAAAUGACUGUUUGUACUAACGAUAGUGUGAUUGUGUUACUAAUUACUGUUGUAACUUACUUUUUCUCAAUUCAGUGUACUGAUGAUGUCCUCAGGGUGUAGUUUUGAAUACGGGUAUUUUUCGAACAUUACAAAACAACCAACAGACGACUGAAACUGUGAUUACUAUGGUAACCUCACCUUAUGAGCCUGUGAAAGAAUACUUUUAUUCAGGUUUGCAUUGGAACAUUUGGAACAAAAUCAUGCCUGCUGUGGUACAUUUCGAAAAAUGUUGAACCUCUUAGUCUGUUUGCUUUUCACUAUUCCUUGGUUAGUGUAUGCGUUAUUAGAGCUGUUGUGCUUGACCUAUUGUGACUUGUGAUGCUUCUCCUUGCCUGUUUGCCCAUUUGCACCCCACCCCCACCCCUACGUGCACACAUGGACAGCAUGAGCCUCACAACUAACAAAUCUACCUCACACAUCCAAACCACACUACAUGUUCUUCCCCACUGCACAGACAUAUUUGUGUCGUGGCCAAUUUUGAGUGGUACCUUACACUAAAUCAGAUUUUACACGGCCCUGUGGUUUUGCAUUGGCAUACCAGUGCCAGGUUUGGCUAAAGUCAUCUUAUUGGCCACUUUCAAUAAAAUGGAAUUGAUCUCACCCCUAUUGCACCAUUUACAUAGAGGGGGGAAAUGUACUGGUGGUUGUUUCCCAAAUAUAGGGUGAAAGGUUGUGAAGUUUUUUUUAUUUUUAUUUUUUUCCCCCCUUUGUUUUGUUUUUCACUGAAUAAAAGGAGAGAGUCAUUUUGAUAAGUACAAUUUUGCUUCCCCAGUUAAUUUUAGCUGCCACACAAAGCAGAUGUCCAUUGUUGUGGAGAAAGAGUUCUUGAUUCUCCCUGACUGUUUCAAAUUGUAGUAUGUAGCGCACAUUGAUUGCUUUUAAUAUUUUUUUUUUUUGUUUGUUUUUUAGACAAGGAAAGAUGGUAGAAAUUUGGGAAUGUAAACAAUGUUGUUUCCCUUUUAUUGCUUUAGGUACAACAUGCUUGAGAAUACUGUGUUCAUCUCUACUGUUAUGAAACACUGUUUAUAUUGCUGUUCUGUUUGAGGUUGUGAUAGCUUCUUUACAGUGUUUUAGUUGUGCUUUUAUGUUUGCCACACUAGAAAUGGUCUAGUGUGUGUGUGAGACCAUAUCAGUCUGAUUUCUCUACUGCAAUAGUAAAAAAAAACUAGAUUUUUAAUGUGAAACAUAUUUAUUUUCUCUUGUACAUUUGACUUUUAUAUAUAAAUGUAUCAGGUUUUACCUGUUAACAUCAAAUUUUACUUUUGUAGAGCAAAGUCAAAGUGCAUCUAAAGAAGCCUGUUUUUUCCUUCAUUUUACUGUGAAGUUUACAAGUUCUUAGUUGACUUACAGAUUAUUUUGUAAAUCAGACGAGUAUUUUCUGUUAUGUAGUUCUGUACUUUUUUUGUUUUUUUAGAAUAAAUAAAUAACCUUUCCUUAA